GUGUCUGCAACUCCGUGUUGUUAUUGCGGGAACUUCGAAAACUAACAAAGACAAAAACCCUUUUUCCCAAAAUAAUACGUUGAUCAAAACUGCUUCACUUUACUUGUAGUCUUUUAUUAAUAACAUAUAUUCUAAGCGAUUUACAAGAAAGCAGGUGCACGUUGUUAUGCGAGACUGUGUCCCCAGUAAAUAUUGGCUUUUUGAUGUAAACUUUGCGCGUCCAUGGUGACAGGGAACCAACCUAUGCAUUCACUAACUCAAUGAUUGCAUGAUUCGUAAGGAUGGCAAAUGAAACUGAUGAAUGUGAACUUGAGGAGUUGACUGCCUUUCUUGAAUCCUCGGAUGAUGACAUUGAUGCAGGACACGAACCAAAGACUUCUCAACAGAAUACAAAUGAAGAUGAGUUCACUCAGGCAGAGAUUGAAGCCUUCUUGCAAGAGUCGUCAGAUGAUGAACCUGAGGAAGUAGUUGCCCAGUCGGAUCAUCAUGGUAUUGAAAAUGCAGAUAAGAAUAAUACAGAAAAUCACGAACAAGAAGAUUUUGAAGAUGAACUGAUGGCUGAGGACCUUGCCGAGCUGGAUGGUGCUGGAUCUACAGCAGGAGAACCCAACAAAGAAGCUGAUUGCUCAGAUAUGCAGGCAACCUCAGGCUUGAUGGACAACCAGUCUGAAAACAAUGAAAUGGAUGUGGACCAGUCUGAUAACAGAGCACAUAAUGGAAACCAGUCAGAGUCUUCAAAGGAGGCAGUUGCAGGAGUACCGGAACUUGCUGUGGAUGCUAUAAAAGCUGAAAUGGAGGCAAUGGCCAGACGAAUGCAACAGUUACAAGAGAUGCUGAAUUCCACAGCAAAGACACCACAAUCUAGCCAAGACUCCACUUCACCUCAAACCUUAAAGGCACAGAAAACCAAUCAAGACUCUCAUAAGCCAUCUGUCAAGUCCCCAUCAACAGCCAAGUCUUCAAAGCAACUUGCUAAGUCACCUGAUAAACCUAUAUCAUUUAGUGGUGUAUCAAAGACAAAAUCUGUUGUAUUAGAAAAAUCUUCAGUGUCUGGCAAAAAAUUGUCACCAAAAGCUCUUGAUGGUAAAACUAAGCCUGAAUUGGAUGUAUUAGAACGGGUAACGUCUACAUUAUCUGGAAAUAAAUCAGAGAAGCCAAGAUCCGCAUCUAGUGCUAAAACCAUGCAUCCAUCUGUAAAUCAUAAAAACUCUUCAUCUCAGAAAUGUGUGACUUCCAACACAGGUGUUGAUGACAACCCAUUUUUCAGUGGCCCCAACAAGGAACUGACAGCUAGCGAACUGUUUGGGGAGUCAGACGACAGCGAUUGGGAGGAUCUUGCAGGCGAGGAGAAGGUGAAACUGAGCAGUGAGGGUGAGGAGAUUAAGAAGCUGAUCAAGACGGGCGAGCAGAAACGACAGGCCCAUGCCCCCAGCUAUGACCCCGCCCUGAUCAAGAAACCUGUGCCUUCAAGAUGGACUGACAUGAACACAGUGCCAAAGAGAUCCCAGCCUGCUCCUGAUGCUAGCCCAAAAUUGAACCCCGAGACUGGUACAGUGAGUGGCAAGUACUGUGUGCGUGAGGAAUUCCUGCCCAAGACAACCAGUUUACUGAAGGAGGAUGAGAGGGAAUCAGUCACCGACCCCUUCUGUGGCAUCAGGAUUGUCAACCCGCGUAUCUCCAUGGAGGAGUUCAGGCGGAAAAUGGACGGGCGACACAUGGUGAAGAUAAGCAGACUGGCGUCCAAGCCUGGCCACACAGACCUGCAGAAGGACAACUGGGUCACCAUGGGCGUGGUUGUACACAAGACUGAGCCACGCCAGUCAGCGGCUGGUAAGACAUUCUGUAUCUGGAAGCUGAGUGACCUCCAGCACUGUGAUCGCACUGUGACGUUCUUCCUGUUUGGCAAUGUCUACAAGGACCAUUGGAAGAAUGACCUUGGGGUCGUCAUUGGGCUGCUCAAUCCUUCAGUCAUGGACAAGGCUGAAAAGAACCAGUCUGAGGUGGCCAUCACUAUCAACCACCCCCAGCAGCUGCUGUUGAUGGGCGUAUCCAAGGACCUGGGGCGUUGCCGAGCAACCACCAAGUCUGGCCAGCCCUGCUCCUCCUUCAUCAAUAAACAGCAAGGGGAGUACUGUACAUACCAUGUCCAGGCUGCAUACAAGAAGUCCAGCUCCAAACGUACAGAGCUUCAGGCCAGUACUGGGGUUGUUCCAAAAGCGUUUGAUGGCUCCAAAAGGAAGUCCAAAGAUGGCUGCUUCUUUUAUGGUGGAAAUACAUACACAACUGUAAGACAGCAUGGCCAGAAAGCAGGUGACAAGAUGACACUAACUAAGCUGCAAUCAUUUGACUCCCACAAGGUGCCCGGCCGUGUGACCACCAUGUCACUGCAUGAACUCGAGCCCGAGGAUCACAAAAAGCUCCAAAAACUGAAGGAAAAAGACAAGAACCUGUUGACUCUGUUGUCAGUGCCCACUGUAGGUUCCAUGAACUUCGUGAAACACUUGGUGAAGAAGGAUGCAACUGCCUCAUUAGAUGGUAAGGAAAGCCUGGAGGUUGCCCCGCCUCCGUCAGCCAAGGACCUGCUGUCCCAGCACAGAGUCACGCUACACCAGCAGCAGCGACAGCAGCAGCAACAGCGGGAGAUACUGACGGCGGUGCCCACCAUUGGCAAGGGGCUGUCUGCAGGCCAGGAGGUGGUGCUGGAUAUCCCGCUGAGGAAGAAAACAAACAUCAGCGCUGAACUAGCUAAGCAACUAGCCAUCGCCAAGGUGAAAGCAAGGGGUGGUAUUUCUAAGGAUGAUCCAAAUGCUGUUAAGAAGAAGCUGACUUCACCGGAAGCGAAAGAGAAAAUUAAGAAACGUGUUGCAGAGGUCAUGGAUGCUGAUGCUGAAACGAGCCCAAAAUCUCAGGGAGGGGUGUGUAUGGAGCCACCAAAGAAAAGAUCCAAGCUUCUUGGAGACCUGGAUCUGAACUCGCCAGAGGUGCAGCAGCUACUGAAGACAAAGUCCAAGAACACUGGGGCUCUAGCUGAGGCCGAGGCAGAGCACACUGAUCGCUACUUUGGGGAGUUGGAGAAGCGUGAACGGAUGGAGGACAAGAUGGCUUCCAUCAAGGAGGUCGAGGUCAACCUUGUAGUCUGCAAUCAGUGUCGGUACAAGAACGUGAGCCUACAUGAGAGAUGCAAGAAGGAGAACCACCUGUUCACAAGGACCAAGGGCAAGAGAAGAUUCUUCAAGUGUAAGAACUGCAAACAUCGCACCACCACCUAUGACAAACUGCCCACGGAGGCAUGCAGUAACUGUGGAAGUUCUAAUUUUGAGCGGGUCUCAAUGCUUCAGGAAAGAAAGGGUCCAAAGCUAGAAUCAGAAGAAUUGUGUUUGCGAGGAAAUGAACAAAAAUUUCUAGGCAGUAUACAAGGGAAUGCUUUCCUGAGUGCUUAGCAGGACUAUUUAACUCAGUUGUCUUCUGUUUAUGUGUUGUAUUUUAAACUGGUUUGUGUGAAUCAUAAUGUUCUGGAUAUGCUCAAAGCAUUGUCUGAAUUCAGCUGUGACAUACAUGAAGCUUAUUCAUUUUUAAAUCAUGUAAAUUGUUGUGAUAAAGUGGUAGUAAAUUGUUGAAAUAUAGUUGUAAAUUGCAUAGCAGCAUGUGAAUACAGGACAAUACAUGUAUAUUAAUACAAGAUUUUUAAUUUUUA